AUGCAGAUGUAUCUCCCAUUCUGUGGGAUUGCCAUAUCCAAUGCCCAGCUAUUUGCAGCUUCAAGGAAGGAAUAUGACAGAAGCAGGGCUUUACUGGAAGUAGUGAAUGACCUCUUUGAGGAACAGACUGACUUAGAGAAAAUUGUCAAGAAAAUUAUGCAUCGGGCCCAGACUCUGCUGAAGUGUGAACGGUGCUCAGUAUUACUUCUGGAAGAUAUUGAAUCACCGGUGGUGAAAUUUACAAAAUCCUUUGAAUUGUUAUCUCCAAAAUGCAGUGCUGAUACUGACAACAGUUUCAAAGACAGCGUGGAGAAAUCAUCAUCUUAUUCCGAUUGGCUAGUAAAUAAUAGCAUUGCUGAACUCGUAGCUUCCACGGGUCUUCCAGUGAACAUCAGUGAUGCCUAUCAGGAUCCUCGCUUUGAUGCUGAAGCUGACCAGAUUUCUGGCUUUCACAUAAGGUCUGUUCUGUGUGUUCCUAUAUGGAAUAGCAACCACCAAAUAAUUGGGGUAGCUCAAGUGUUGAACAGGCUUGAUGGGAAACCCUUUGAUGAUGCCGACCAGCGACUGUUUGAAGCUUUCGUUAUUUUUUGUGGCCUGGGCAUCAACAACACAAUUAUGUAUGACCAAGUGAAGAAAUCCUGGGCAAAACAGUCUGUGGCUCUCGAUGUGUUAUCUUAUCAUGCAACAUGUUCGAAGGCAGAAGUUGAUAAAUUUAAGGCAGCAAACAUCCCUCUGGUGUCAGAGCUUGGCAUUGAUGAUAUCCAUUUUGAUGACUUCUCGCUUGAUGUGGAUGCCAUGAUUACUGCAGCCCUGCGGAUGUUCAUGGAACUUGGAAUGGUUCAGAAAUUUAAAAUUGACUAUGAGACGCUGUGUAGGUGGCUUUUGACGGUUAGGAAGAAUUAUCGAAUGGUUUUGUAUCACAACUGGAGGCAUGCUUUCAACGUCUGCCAGCUAAUGUUUGCCAUGUUAACUACUGCAGGAUUUCAGGAGAUUCUGACUGAAAUUGAAAUUUUAGCUUUGAUUGUGGGAUGCUUAUGUCACGACCUUGACCACAGGGGAACCAACAAUGCCUUCCAAGCCAAGAGUGGAUCAGCCUUAGCUCAGCUCUAUGGCACCUCUGCUACCUUGGAGCACCACCAUUUCAAUCAUGCUGUCAUGAUUCUCCAAAGUGAGGGUCACAACAUCUUUGCUAACUUGUCCUCUAAGGACUACAGUGACCUUAUGCAGCUUCUAAAGCAAUCGAUAUUGGCAACAGACCUCACUCUGUAUUUUGAGAGAAGGACUGAGUUUUUUGAACUUGUCAGUAAAGGUGGUUAUGAUUGGAAUAUAAAAAACCACCGAGAAAUAUUUCGAUCAAUGCUAAUGACAGCCUGUGACCUUGGAGCUGUGACCAAACCGUGGGAGAUUUCAAGACAGGCAACUGAGCUGGUAACCAGUGAGUUCUUUGAACAAGGAGACAGAGAAAGAUCUGAACUCAAACUCACCCCUUCAGCCAUUUUUGAUCGGAACAGGAAAGAUGAACUACCCAGGUUGCAGCUCGAGUGGAUUGAUAGCAUCUGCAUGCCAUUAUAUGAGUGUCUAGUGAAGCUGAAUGUGAAACUGAAGCCUAUGCUGGACUCCGUGGCAGUAAAUAGAGGUAAAUGGGAGGAGCUGCACCAAAAAAGACUUCCUUCUCAGGCAGCAUCCUCGUCCUCCUUUUCCUCUAGCUUUACCGUGUCUCUCAAAGACAUAAAUUAA